UCCCUCCCCCUCCACCCAACGAGAUGUCACGAGUCGCCCAGCUGACUUCAGCUCUGUCUGUGAAGUGUGAGUGAGUGAGAGAGGUGCGCGACUCGAUUCACCUUGCAGUCGGGCACACGUGCAAGUCCUCCCGGGUGUCGGGCUCUGCAGCAGUGAAGUGAGAGAGCGAGGUUCGUCCGAGGGACGUCAUGGGCAACUGCUGCUCCUGCUGCCCUUCGUGGUGCUCCUGCCCUACGGGCGACGGCUAUGAACCACUUCCCGGCGAGAACAAUGAAGGUCACCCUCGUCGAACACCUGGUGGGGCCCACAACGAGUUCCCAGCCCCUGAGCCCCGGGACACGGGUCUCCCCGGCCCCCCAAUCGCGGCCUUCCCAGCCCCUGAGCCCCGGGACACGGGUCUCCCCGGCCCCCCAAUCGCGGCCUUCCCAGCCCCUGAGCCCCGGGACACGGGUCUCCCCGGCCUCCCAGUCGCGGCCUUCCCAGCCCCUGAGCCCCGGGACACGGGUCUCCCCGGCCCCCCAAUCGCGGCCUUCCCAGCCCCUGAGCCCCGGGACACGGGUCUCCCCGGCCCCCCAAUCGCGGCCUCUGUCCGGCCAGGGCCCUCCAGUCAGGACGAGGUUCCCCCGGUCAUCGUGCAGCAGCCUGACACCCCCUCCGCCAGCGGGCAGCGUCCCUCGCUGGGAAUCUUCGACUUGACCCCUCAAGACCCCUCCGUGGGGGGCCCGUCACCACCGCCGCCACCGCCGGCCUUCAUACCUGGGAUGGCACCGACGCUCGCGAGGCCCCUGUGGCUAAAGGAAAAGAAGCCGUACAACAAGAAGGGGGCGACGGAGCGAGUGAGGUGCAAGACGAUCGUACCGAGUGACAUAAAGAAGGAGAGCCUAUGGAGCAGCGCGAACGAGAAACAAUUCGAAAACUCCGACCUCAAGGACCGGCUCCUGCGGACCUUUGCAGCCAAGACAUCGCUGGGACUGCCCAUAUUCCAGCCAUCCUCAAGUGGAUCUUCGCCACUGCCAUCUCCGUCCGGAAGCCCCAGUGAGGGAUCCGUCUUCAGCACACAAUUAUUACAAAAUCUCGAAAUCUUGAGAAAAUCGGUGAAGGUGUCGGACAACGAUUUCAUAAAAGCCAUCCUGACGGGUGACAUGGCCUUCCUCUCCGGGAUUAAAAACUUUCAGGGCCUGAUAGAGAAGUUGCAGAGCGUAACAGAGAAGCAGAAGAAGGCGCUGCAAGAUAAGCAGGGCAACGGAGCUCCGCUGCAGAAGAUGGAGUUCUUCUAUUUGCAGCUCGUGGAAGAGGGCCACCUGUCGGAGCGCCUGCGCUGCCUGCGCUUCCACUUCACCCGCGCCGAGGUGCUCGACCAGGCUCGGAAUGAGCAGGAGGUCGUGCUCGCGGCCCUGAGCGCGGUCGUCUCUAGCCAAGGCCUGGCCCAGCUGGCCCAGCUGCUCCUCUUCAUCCUCAACUUCCUGAACGAGGGCCCCACCUCGGCGCCUGCCUACGGAAUCAACCUCUGCGACAUCGACAAGAUCAACUCCGUGAGGAUGACGGAUCCCGCUGAGAGCGGCACCCUCCUGGACCUGGUGGUCAGAGAAUGCCAGAAAUCCCACCCCGACAUCCUCAACAUCAUCACGGAGCUCGAGCCUGUUGACAAAGCCACAAGAGUCGACGACGAGAAUCUGACAUCGGUGAUCCGGUCUCUCCGGGCGGAUAUCACGAAACUGGAAGGCGACCUCAACUCAUUACCGGACACCGAGCCCCACGGAUCGUUCUCCAAAACGAUGAAACCGCUGCUUCAGGAGUGGACGCAGAAGGUGGAGCUGCUGGAGAAGGGCGAGGGCGAGAUCGGGGCCGAGUGGGAGAGGCUGAGGGUGAAGUUCAGCCUGAAGGAAAAGAUCCCCAAGCCGCUCCUCUCCAGCCUCGCCACGUUCCGCGGAGACUUCAAGAAAAUCAUGGACAAGGGGAACCGUCGGAGCUUGCGGAGAAAGUCCUUCAACGACUUGUACGAUGUCGCCGCCCGGUCGGGCCCCGUACACCCUCUCAACAGACGCUAAAAACCGAAUAUUGACACUCGCGCUGACAUUGACGAUGGCGGGGCCUUGGCCUUAGCCAUCGGCAGGAGCACCCAUCGCGGUCGCGAUUCGCGUCAGACAGAGCCGCCCCUAUUCCGUUGCCCCGAGGUCUUCCUGAAGCGCUUCACGUCGCGUCUCAUCUCGACACAUUUCAAACGCCACCGCCCCCCCCCGUCCCCCUAGUGGCACGAGGUGACUGGGCUCCUGGCCUACAAAACGUGGCAACAUUCCUCCCCAUAGAUGGGGGGGGGGGGGGGGGUGAGGGGGGGCAGGGAAGGCGACGAUUGCCGAGUGUAAUCCCAGUUGGGCCUGGCUCAAGACUGGCACGUUUAGUGUCUCCUUGUCGGAGUGUGCGGGACUAUUGGGGCCACUUAAACUAUUAAAAUAUAUAUUUUUUUAUUUUACCAGGUAAAGCCCACUGAGCUGAGCAGCUCUUUUUCAGAAGCGGCCUGGCCACAAACGAUAGCUCAACAAAAUGGCUUAUCGUGUGGAAAUGUACAGCAACCAAAUACUAUAAACGCACGUUUCUAAAUGGAGGGAAAAACUGGAGGACCCGGAGAAAAAUCCACGCGACCACGGGGAGAGACAUUCAAACUCCAAAUAUACAGCAGCAGGCAUCAGGGUCGGUAUCAAGCCCACGACCUCCUGCAUACCAGGCGAGGUAGUUAACAUCUCCCAGCCACCGUGAUGAUGAUGAUGAUGAGAGAGAGAAACACGCAAACUCCAAAUAUACGAGCAGGCUUCAGGAUCGGGAUCAAACCCACGACCUCCUGCAUACCAGGCGAGGUAGUUAACAUCUCCUAGCAACCGUGGUGAUGAUGAGAGAGAGAUUUUCCCCAAGGCCCUGCACGCCCCUCAGUCUGGCCCUACCAGUGGCCCCCCUGUGAUGUUUAUCCUCUGGACGGACAAUGUGGCCUAAUGACACUGCGGUGUUGUCUGCUCGCCCCGGAGAAUCUCUGCUGAACGCGAAACACAUUUCUGAACUUUAUAUGGAGCAGCAGCGCUUCCCAACACUUUGCGUGUCGAUCACCUGCCCCCCCCCCCCCGUCUCAGCCAGACCCAACCUAUCGACUGAACGCCGUGCCCCGACCGCCGUUCUGCUCUUUGUAUUUUUUUACGAGCCGAAAUUUUGUUUUUAGUAAUAAAAAAAAAAGUUAUUCAA